AUGUCAUCCGGGCUGGCCUCCGAUGAAGUCGCCGAGGACUACAAGAACUCCUUGGAGGAUCUAACUACAAAUGACAGGUUUCAGAUCAGCAACCUGACUGUCAUUGCGAAGGAAAAUACGGAACAUGCAAUGGCCAUCUCUCGAGUCCUGGAGAAUCAUAUUCGAAUAACACCACCGGCUCAAAAGCUGCCUGCAUUGUAUGUAGUCGACUCGAUUGUGAAGAAUGUUGGGACCCCCUACACUCUGUUCCUCGGCCGGAACUUGUAUCAAACGUUUAUGAACGCCUACACCUUGGUCGACUCGCAAACUCGCAGGAAGUUGGACGAAAUGCUGAAAACUUGGAAAGAGCCUGUACCAGGAUCUCUAGACACGAGACCUGUCUUUCCUCCUGAGAUUACCCGCAGCAUCGAGAAUGCAUUGAUUAAAGCUAGAACUGCAGCUCUUCAACAACAACAGGCUCGGGGUCAACAGGAUGUUUACAGUCGAGGCCGGGUUGGGACGCCUCCUGGCUGGCCGAACACUUCUACGCCACCUCAGAACGCUGCUCGGUAUCCUCCUACCUCCAGCCAGCCUCUCGGUCGGACAGGGUCUGCUAAUGGUUACCCGCCUGCGGGCGAACAAAUACCCGUCCGCUCCACGCCGACACCCCAGCUGCAACAUGAUGUUGACCUCUCAACGCUGAAUCGGGAUGUUGAAGUCCUCAUCGCUGCUGCUCGAAAUGAAUUCGCCAACAACCCGCUGGACCCAUCCAUACAGCAACGGUUGAAAGCGCUUCUGGACCUUCAGGGUAUCAUGCAGCGUCAGCAGCUUACCCAAGAACAACUCAAACUCGUCCGCGACCAGGUCUCAGCUCUUGCUCCCAAGCCCAUCCCGGCUAGUCAACCCGCUUCUUCCCACACCCCGAUCACAUCAACACCGGCAAUAGCUACUCCGCCUGUCGUGCAAUCAUUUUCUCAACCACUCCAGCAGCUCCUCAAUCCAGGAACACUUGCGGAACUUAUCAAAGCGACGGCCGCAAGGCAGCAGCCCACCCCACCACCGCAAAUCCCUCCUGCUCUUCAGCAAAUGCCUCUUACCAGCAGCACUCCACAAAUACCUACAUCAGCGCCAGAGAACCCUCUUAUUGCCGCCCUCAGAGCGAAGGGGCUCCUGCCCGCUACAUCAACACCUCCAGCUGGCGCGCCCAACAUGGCUUCUCCGUUCCCGUUCAUAGUGCCCGGUCAGUACAAGUAA